CGGACGGGACGAGGCACACUCCUCUAGACAGCUUGUGGCGCUACAGAAGCUCUCGCAAGACACCUAGUCGAGACCGAGUGACCGAGCGCUGUUACCGUACUUCGCGAAUCCACACCUCGCGGCACAGUCUGGAAAAACACGUAUUACCCAAACUUGAAACACGGCAACUGGACGAGGCGAAACUAGACUCCGUAGGACCGCCUGAGGCACGCUACCACCGCUAUGUCUGACGACCUCAAGAGAAGCGGAGGCAGCGGUGGCGGCGGCGAGACCAAGGAGAGGGAGCAAUGGAACAACAAACUGGACUUCCUGCUGUCGGUGAUUGGCUUCUGCGUGGGACUUGGCAACGUGUGGCGCUUCCCUUACCUGUGCUACAAAAAUGGUGGAGGGGCGUUCCUCAUCCCGUACUGUGUGUGUGCCCUGCUUGGUGGCAUGCCCAUGUUCUUCCUGGAGGUUGGCAUCGGCCAGUUCAUGAGUGAAGGAGGCAUCUCCGUGUGGAAAAUGUGCCCGCUCUUCCAAGGCAUCGGGUACGCGGCCAUCGUUGUGUGUAACUGGCUCAACGUGUACUACAUUGUGAUCAUCGCCUGGGCUCUCUUCUACUUCGUGCUCUCCUUCCAAGCCGAACUACCAUGGUCCAGCUGCGGCAACUGGUGGAACACAGACGUGUGUGUAGACGGCAACACCAAUCACUCCUUCAUCCAGGACCUGAAGGCGCUCAACCUCACACCCAAGGACUCGGUGGUGGAGUUUUGGGACAACCGCGUGCUUCAGAUCACGGAAGGCGUGGAUGAGAUGGGUACGAUGGUGUGGCCUCUGUUCGGCGCCCUCAUCUUCUCGUGGUUGUGCACCUACUUCGCCAUCUGGAAGGGCGUCAAAGUGACCGGAAAGAUCAUGUAUUUCACAGCCACUUUCCCGUAUGUGAUGCUCACGGCUCUCCUGGUUCGUGGGGCGACGCUGCCAGGAGCCUCUGAGGGUAUUCGGUUCUACCUCGAGCCUAAAUGGGAGAAAGUCCUCGAUUAUCAGGUGUGGAACGACGCCGGGACCCAGGUGUUCUACUCCUACGCUGUGGCUCUCGGUGGCAUGAUCGCUCUGGGCUCCUACAACAAGUUCAACAACAACUUCAUCAAGCAGUGCGCCAUCUUGUGUGUGUGUAACUCCGCCACUUCUAUCUUCGCCGGGUUUGGCAUCUUCAGCAUCCUGGGCUUCAUGAGCUACCAGCUGGAAUUACCCAUGGAGGAAGUAGCGGAAGCAGGCCCCGGUCUCGCUUUCAUCGCAUACCCUAAGGCCAUGGCCGCUAUGCCCAUGGCGCCUCUGUGGUCUGCCCUCUUCUUCUGCAUGAUCCUGAUGGUUGGAUUGGAUUCUCAGUUUGUGCAGGUGGAGUCGGUGGUGACUGCUGUAGUGGACCUGUUCCCUGACUACCUGCGUGUGGGCCACCGUCGCGAGAUUUUGGUGGGGGUGGUGUGUCUCGUGGACAUGGUCAUCGGCUGCACCAUGGUGAUGCAGGGCGGCAUGUACGUGUUCCAAAUCUUCGACUCCUAUUCAGCCAGCGGUAUUAUCCUGCUCACCAUCUGUUGUUGUGAGUGCAUCGUCAUCGCCUGGGUGUAUGGAGCCAACAGGUUCUACGAUAAUAUUGCUAUGAUGCUCAACCGUAAGAUCAACCCAUACCUCAAGUUCUGCUGGAGGUUCGUGACGCCACUCCUCACUUUCAUGAUGGUGGUGUGCGCCAUCGCUUUCCACACCCCGCUCACUUACAACAAAGUGUAUGUGUACCCGAUCUGGGCGCAGGCCCUGGGCUGGCUGCUGGUGUUCGGCUCCCUCCUCUGGAUCCCCGGCUUCACCCUUUAUAAGCUGUUCCAGUACCCCGGCACACUGCGAGAGAAAUGGAUCGCCUCCACGCGGCCCAUCCUGAAGGCACACCACCUGCGGCCCCAAGACUGGGACGAGAACCCCGAGCUGCCCUACAAGAAGACCAUGACCAUGGACCCCCUGACGGAGGACGCCUGAACGCCUGGCCCUCAUGAGUGGUAGUCAUGCCGGCCUCACACGGUCACCACACACGCCACUCUCCUCUCCCCCGUCACUGAGGCUGACCUUGGAAGGGCCGUGCCCCUCCCCGCAUCCGGCCCCCGCCGCUCACACAUUCAUCCCGCAGUGGUCGCCAAAAGUAUCCCUCUCAAGCGCCCCUCCCCGCUGCCAGUGGGUUAACGGGGGCAGGCGGUCCCCGCGCCGCGGGGGCGUCGCUGCACAGUAUUAGUAGUAAGUAGGCUAAGUCUUGCUCGGAGGAACUCCUGUAGGCAGUGAUCCAGGAUCAUUGUUGUGUCGUGUUCAGGCGACGGCCGCGAUCUGUUCACUAGUCCCAGACAACGCAUGUUACGUCGUCCUCAUCGUCGUCGUCGUCAUCGCCACGCCAUUUCACACCAUCGCGCCUCACCUGUACAUACGCAUCUCGUCAUCACGUUGGCAUCUGCACUCACCCUCUCGCCGACACACCGUUACUGUUCGUCUUUUAUUAGUAAUAAUAUUAUUAUUGAUAAUUAUAAGUAUAGUGAUAAUGACAUGUUGGCAUUUAUGUACCAGCGGUCAGGAGGAGCACGGCAGGCGGCGGUGCGGCGCCCACACCUACCUAGGCCAUGGGCCACGCCCUGCUCCGCCCGCACCCCGACAGGGCCUCCCGUCGCGUGACAGGCACCAAGCCUGUCUCCACGCUGCAGACGGCGCUGUGCAGGGCUAGCGGGCCGGGGCAGGGCAGCCGUGGCGGCGGAGAGUGUGGGUGGGUGGCAGCAGCAGCAGCAGGAGGAGAAGAAGGAAAUGUGGAAUCCGCCUGCCGGAGUACUCGGGUCUUCCAUCCUCUGAUCGAUGAAGACGCUUUACUGAUUAGUUUGUUCCUUGAGACAUUUACUUUCCCUGGAGGAGGGGAGAGGCGGGGCAGGCGUGGUAGCCUGGCUGGGAGGCCCCCACCCUGGAGCCCCGCUCGCCUUGUCGGCCCUCCCUCCUCCCCCGCCACUUUUUUUUUUUUUUUUUUUUUUUCGAUGAAGUCUCGUAGCGUUAAGGCUGAGCCAUGUACAGCGAGUCACUCCGUCAGUCAGUGAGUCAUGAGUCAUGCGUCAUGAGUCAGGCUGCCGCGGCAGGACAGUAAUUCACACAUUCCACGGCAUAACAUGAUAUCAAAGUCCCUCUGGUGCUGCAGCGCGCGGCACCAGGCCAGCCCAGGAAGCCACCUCACACACCGGCAUCCCGCGCGCUGGCGUGGUGAUGCGCGCCCUGUGAAGCCUUCCUCACCACACCACAACACCACCACCACCACCACAUUAUCAAAAGUUGAAUAUAUUGUAGAGUUUAUAGAGAAAGGCAAGAGGCGAACACUGACUAGGGCCGCAGCCGCUCUCCCUCCCAUCCACACCAACGCACCCCUUUCACCCCUCCUCUGUCCCAAUGCCCCACUCCUCACCCCAUAAUCCCUCACCCUAUCCCGCGGCCAGGCGUGGAACAGAGUACGUGCGGCAACAGGGUGUCCGCAGCAGUGGUAUAUCUAUUUUCUUACUGUCAAGUGUCAUUAAAGCCUUGUCUGUACCCGUCAAUAAAGUCUUAUAUAGAAGU